AUGAAGAACUUCGUGAAACGAUUCAUUCUGAACUCAGAAGAGAGGCGCCAGAUGGUUGUGGAGUACGGAAAGGAAGGAGAAGACUGCUAUUCGCCCGCCUCUUUCGGAAAUGUGAGUUCGUCAACGGAAUUCAAAAAGGCCGCUAGCCUUCUCCCAGUCCAGUGGAAAGAGUAUGAAAAUUUGGGAUUUGCUUUUCGAUUUUGUUGUAACACAUCAUUUGAAAUGAUAUGA